UCUCUAAUGGCGGCCUAUGCUUUCUACAAAUGGCGCGAAGGACCAUAUUACACCAAAACCUAUGGCUUAGAACACAAAGUUGUUAUUAUAACUGGCUGCAAUACCGGUAUAGGCAAGGAAAUUGCCCUGGACUUGGCCCGGAGAGGUGCUAGAGUCUAUAUGGCUUGUCGUAAUUAUGAGAAAUGUGAACAGGCCCGUUUGGAAAUAAUUUCUAGGACAGGAAAUCCCCAGGUGUUUAAUCGAUCACUGGAUUUGUCUUCUUUGGCAUCAGUAAGAAGAUUUGUGAAGAAUUUUUUGUUGCAAGAACAUCACUUGGACAUACUCAUCAACAAUGCCGGGGUAUUGGGUGUAAAACACAGCUUAACCUCUGAUGGUUUUGAGCAACACUUGGCCGUCAAUCAUUUGGGUCAUUUUCUUUUAACCAAUUUAUUAUUGGAGGCUUUGAAAAAUUCCCCCAGCGGUCGCAUUGUGGUUGUCAGUUCUAUAAUACAUUUCAUGGCCUCUAUAAAUAAAGAAGAUUUGCAAGGUGAACGUAAUUAUAAUAAAAUGCAGGCUUAUGCCCAAAGUAAACUGUGUAAUAUAUUAUUUACAAGAAAACUGGCCCUGCUGCUUAAGGGGUCAAAGGUCACGGUGAAUUGUAUGCAUCCGGGCGUGGUGAGAACUGAAAUAUGGCGCAAUGAUGCUUUACUGGGAUUUUUAAAUGCUUUGCUUAGCAGAUUACUUUUACGUUCUCCCAAAGGUGGAGCCCAAACAGCUUUAUACUUGGCCAUAGAUCCUGGAGUAGAGGGCAAAAGUGGAGACUAUUAUGACAGAAUGAAAGUGGCCCAAAUAUCGACAAAAGCGAAAGAUUCGGAAUUAGCAGAGUGGUUGUGGAGGGAAAGCGCAAAACUGGUGGAUUUAAAUAAGAAAAGUUUAUAA